AUGGAUCUUGAGAACGUCGGCCAUACCCUCUCCUGGCCGUCACAACCGUCCAGUAUCGAGAACAGCGACAGCCCUGCACGCUUAGCCAGACUGUACAGCAAUCUGGAUCCAGCGCUGGUUCGAGCCGUUCCACUGAGCGCUUGCUUGGCGCGCUGGGGACGCCCUUUCCGGAACGAAGAUGAGGGCAUGUUCUCCGUCGACACGACGAACGAUCAACUCAGCCAAAAGACUGACCAGAUCGACAAUUUUCUUAGCCACGAUUGGGGUACCAGCCGGUUCCUCAAGGUGCUGACCCUACUUUGGAUGUUCAACAUCAGAGCCGCCACCGUCGCAACCUUUCUUAUGAGUUGCAUCCUUGGCUUCCUCCGCAUCUUUUGGAAGGGCACCAUGCUGGACCAUUGGCGCUCCAUCUUGUUCGGCUACGCGACAUUCGUGAUUGUUCUCUGCUGGUGGCAACGGAUCCAAUCUCUCUUUGGCUUCAGGCGCACGGUUUUCCUGGACAAGCUGUGCAUUGCCCAGCACGAUGCGGACCUGAAGCAGCAGGGAAUCCUAGGAUUAGCCGGCUUUCUGGAGAAGUCGAACACGCUCACGAUUCUAUGGACGCCACGUUGGGCAACCCGCCUUUGGUGCACGUACGAGUUGGCAGCCUUCAUGCAGCAGUCGAACAAGCCGAUCGAGCUCAUGCCAGUGAGGAUGGCCGGCAUUCUGCUGAUGCAGUGUGGUUGUUGGACGUCGAUCUCUAUUGCCCACGCUAUUGUGGCCUCUGGCUCUGACGACGGCCAAGGUGAUUCUGAUCUGGCCGCUCAUCAACUGACACUCAUCCGCCUGGGAAUCUUCACUGCGAUCGUGGUGGCUCUCCUUGUUUGGAUGGUCCACACGGGCCUGUGGUUCAUGAAAGAGUUGGCCGAGCUGCCAGGGCAGCUGAAAGCCUUUCGGAUACAAGAUGCCGCAUGCUACUGCUGCGCACACGGCCACCGUCAUCCAAAGACGGGGGCAAAGAUUCCUUGUGAUCGAGAGUAUGUGUACUGGAUGAUUCGAAGGUGGUUUCAUGAUCCAGAAGCACCGGGGGAGUCGAACCUGGAUGCGUUCAAUGCCCUGGUGAGAGAGCAGCUGGCACCGGUGGUGCUCAAACAUGCAGGUGGGAGCACGCUGCCUUUGAGUUAUGCCCUGUACGCCUGUGCCGCCUGCAACUUGCCCUGGCUCAUUGACUACAUUCCGUGGUGGGUGGCUGCGUGCUAUUCAGGAGAGAAAACUGGCAUUGCAUUCUUUUUGUGGUGGCUCCGCGGCAUGAUGCUGUUCCUUUACCACGCUUUCCUGCAGCUCGCCAUGAUGCGCAUCUGCACGAUGAUGUGGAAAGCCUUGCUGCCACUGGCAGACCGGAUCUGGCGCUCUGUCUUGACAACGGUGCAGAUUUUCAUGAUGCUCAUCAUCGCGAUGCUUCUGUGGCUGGCGUUUCGCAUUGUGUACCAGGUCACGGACAACACGAGUCUGCUGCCUGCCGUGCCCUUUUUCGCUCUCGUCAUUCUGGACAUCGCCCUUUUCUGGCGAUCUGGAGAGCAAGUUCCGGCUUCUGACAAACCAGAUUAUACAGAAGCAGGUCCGUCUUCGUCCCAUGCCGCAGAGCCUGAACCACAUGAUGUCGAGAAGAAGGCCGAAGAUGCAUUAAGGACUUCCGGUCAUUCCGGUCACACCUUCGCCUUGCACAUUGCCAAAGAGGAGCCUGAAGGGCCGCUGGUGGAAGUGAAACUUUAG